AUGGGCACGAUUAAGGUUCUUAUCGUUGAUCAUUAUGAUUCCUACACAAACAAUAUUCUACAACUUCUUCAAGGUACUCAGAAAGGUCAUGAUGGACAGUCAUAUCCAGAGUGGAGUGUAUCUAUUAUUCGAUUUGACCAGUUCUCAUGGGAUCACUUCAAAUCGGAAAUCCUCCCUCACCUAGAUGCCAUCAUCUUAUCACCAGGACCCGGCACACCGCAGCGCGAAGCAGACUUUGGCUUCAAUGCUAGGCUUAUAAGAGAAGUCAACAUUCCCAUACUGGGGAUCUGCCUUGGACAUCAAGGCAUUGGUACAUCGUUCGGCGCCAAUAUCAUUCAUGCACCAAACAUUAAACAUGGUCAGAUCUGUCAGAUUCACCACCGCGGCACAGGUAUCCUGAGCGAUGUCCCACCGGAGCUGCAAGUCACAGCAUGGACAUACGACCCAGAGAACCCCUCUAAAAAGGUUUUGAUGGGACUUCAACAUCGGGAACGCCCUGUGUUUGGCACCCAAUGGCAUCCAGAAAGCAUUUGCUCUUCUCACGGGAAGCAGAUCCUUUCAAACUUCCGAGAUAUCGUCUUGGACUUUUGGGUGACUAGUAAUCCGAGAAACCAAUGGACAAAGCGUAGAGUUCUUGAGAACGCGUCGCUGCCUGAACAUAUUCUUCAGCAGAAUGCCGUUGAGCAAACCGGCCUGGGCAAGGCACUAGGUACAGAGGUUGACCCGGCACGACCGGUCUCACCUUAUUACGUCAAGUCUGCUAGAAUUGGCAAAGGUCCAUCCGCAGAGAUUGUGUUCCAAACAUUGUUUCGGGGUAGAUCAUUAGACGGUGAGGCGUGGCUUGAUAGUGCCAAGAGGCUGAGUGUUUCCUACUGGUCGUGGCUGGAGAAGUUCCAGCAGGAGACCAUCGUGGCAAACACCGAAACACUCCCUUCUGAGUCGCUGGAUCAAGAGACAGAUAUUGGUCAGCCUUUGCUCCAGGUUGGGCUCAUCGGCUACUUUGGCUAUGAGCUCAAGAGAGAAUCACUACCUGGCUACCAGUUCACGCCACCCGAUGAGAAGGAUGUCAGCUUGAAGCACAGCGAUAGCGAGCAACUCUUCGCAAACACCGUGCUUCGGCUGGAUAAUUAUACUGGAGAGUGGACACUGUUCAGUUUGAUACGUCGAGGUGAAGAGGAUCCAAUCGGCAAUGCCAUUGGCGCCUCGAGCAAGAUAGGCAUCGACGAGGCCGAAUUCGACCUUUAUCUGAAUCGUGUCCGUGAGGUGUUUGACGCACCGCCGUCGCCACCUUACGUUGAAGCGCACCCUUUGCCACCUUUCGUCGCGCUCGACAACGAGGCGUCCUAUUCCAACACAAUCUGGGCAGCCAAACAGGCCAUCAAAGAAGGAGAGACCUACGAACUGACAUUGACAACAAAGUUCAAGGCAAAGAGCCCCGAGGUAGAUCCCUACAGCCUGUAUCUUGACCUUCGGAAACGAAAUCCGGCGCCUUAUUCUGCCUAUAUCCACUUUGCCGCCCAUGAUAAGACCAUCCUUUCAUCAUCGCCUGAGCGAUUCAUCUCCAUCGAUAGUAAUGGAGUUGCAGAGAUGAAGCCAAUCAAGGGUACCCUUGCUGUUGACCCCGAUCCAGUUGAGGACGAGAGGCGGAAGCAUCAACUUGCGACCGAUGUCAAAGAGCUAGCCGAGAAUCUGAUGAUCGUUGACCUCAUUCGAUCCGAUCUUCACAACAUCUCACCACCAAGCUCCAUUUCUGUGCCGAAGCUGUUGCAUGUAGAGACCUAUCAAACUGUACACCAGCUUGUCACAACAAUACAGUCCCAUGUCGCCACGUCGGUAGGAGGAACCAAGGUCAUCGAACGCUGUUUCCCACCUGGUUCCAUGACGGGCGCUCCAAAACUUCGCUCAGUUCAGAUACUCGACUCUCUCGAAGGUCAACGUGAGCGAGGUAUAUACUCUGGAAGUAUUGGUUACAUCUGUGCCAGCGGUACCGUCGACCAAUCCGUCGUGAUCCGCACAAUCGUCAAGUCUGGCAAUGAUCUAGAACUCGGAGCGGGAGGGGCGAUCACUUGGCUGAGUGAGGCGGACAAGGAAUGGGACGAGGUCAUGGUUAAAGCGAAUGCUGUUGCUCGAGGAAAGGGAAAGGCGCAAGUACCUGGUGCCGCUAUCAGUCACUUAGGACCAUUCGUAGAGGAAGAGGGUCAUCUACGACAGGAGCACCCGCUAAGAACUGCAAUCAGCGCGUGA